AUGUCCUUGUACUCGAGAGAAGGCCAUAUGGGGAUGCACACUGUAAAGUUCUCGGCUGAUGAGUCGGGCCUGAAAGAGGCCCUGAGGCUAUCUGAUUAUUUCGAGAGAGAAAAGCGCGGGUUGAAGGAGUGGGCCCGUGCUCAGCCCUCAGGGCCCAUUAAUGCUAAGGAUGAUGAGAACAACCCGAACCUCGUAAAGUUGGACCCAAAGACGGGUGAGAAAAAGAGAGUAUUUUACGGUCAUCUGGCGACCGUUGCUGAUCUGGACAAGGUUACGUACGAGAUCAAGAAGAAGGGUGAGUCUUGGUGGGCCUUAGUGAGGUUCCAUCCUAAAACCAAUUGGUGGAAGGAGGAUCCUUCAUACGAAACCCAAGCCCAUAUACGGAGCCGGGAGCCCAAGCCCAACUGGGCUAGAAACGGGGGUGAUGGGUGUGAUCUCACGCAUGUGAAGCGCACCAUAACAGGGUGA